GCUUUUGGUUUUUUGUAUCAAUAAUUUUUGAUUUUAUUUUCAUUUUGUUAUUUCUUUUCUUUGUAUUUGUUCGUUUAUUUUUUUAUAAACUACGCAACACUAAAUACCUUAUUUUUUCCAGUUAAGUGCAUAUAUCACAAAAUGUUGCUGGAAUUUUUGUUUGGACAACUGUUGUUUCUACCUUUGAUUUACGGAAGUAACAUUACUGCUCUAAACCCUAUAAAGUCAUACAAUAUUACAAUGCCCUUGAAUGAAUCUUCGAGCAAUAACACCAAGAUAACUCUUGUCACCGAAGGAGGGGCUAUUACACAAAUCAACUCUAACUUGACCUUGCCUAAAGAUAACAACACUGUCCUUAUGGAUUUGAAUAAGGAAUUAGGUACACCUAAGAACAGAUCUAUCGCUGCCCGGAAAGGAGUGAAACUAGAAGAGUAUGAACACAAUGAAUCUAUUGUUGUUAACUCAAUGUCAAAUGACGAUCAAAUAACAGUCAAGCUUAAUAAUACUGAAAUAAAGAAAAAUCAUUCAUCUAAAAUGGGAAACAGUUCCAGAAUCGACUCUUCACUGAAUCUGAAAAGUACAGAAGUAAAAACUACCCACAAACCACACAAGCCUGAAGUUUUAUCAUAUGAUGAUUUAUCUGGUACAAAUCAGAAUGCUGAAGUUGUUAAAACAUCUUCCAAAACAUUUAUCUCUGAUCAAAUACCAAAUCCUAAUGCAGAUAAUACGAAAAGUUCAAUGAGUGAUGGUAACCAACCUGGUAUGAUCAUGCCAGUUGUUAUAACAAUUUUGACAGUACCACUAUUUGUAGCAUUAGGAUUCAUGGCAUUGAGGCGUGGUCGAGAAGCUUGGAAGAAUAGACAUUACAAAAGGAUGGAUUUUUUACUAGAUGGAAUGUACAAUGAUUAGAAUAACUAUGAAAUAAUGAAAUGUCAUUGACAUAGGGUUUUAUAUUAAUUAUCUUUGAUCAUAAUGAGGUAAAUAAUGUCAGUAUUAUCAAAGUGGCUGCAUAAAAAUAUCUAAAUCGUACUGUAGACUACAUCAUCUAAUGCAAAAAGAGAAUUCAGUGCAGCCAUUGUUCAGUAUUGCCUGCAGUAACAUGUUAAUGACAUUACUCAAAAAUCUACUUGAAAGUACAUAUUAUGAAUUUAUUUCAGUCAAUGCUCAAAUUUGUAACUGUCAUGUAACUUGUAGCAAUAAAAUGGUGCUCCAAGUGCCUUAUUAAAAGCAAAGAUCAGAAAAAGUGAUUUUGAUUGUGAUCAGAGAAGUGGUUGUGUGUUAUUUCUACAACCUAACAGAUAAAAAAAAACAAUUAUUUGUUCUAUUGCCAUUUAGUUCCAGAAAUCAAAAUUUAUUACAAAUUAUGUCUUAUAGAAAGUUUUUCUGAUCUCUGCUAAUUAAUGUUGAUAUUAAUUAAUCAAAAUAUAUUUUUGUAUAACAUAUUUAAUGUUGUAUUAAGAAUCAAUUUUUUUGUGAUAUUUAUAGAAUUUAUUUUACUGUUAUAAAUUGGUAAAGAGAUCUUAUUCAAGUAGUUACCAUAUUUGUUAUUCUAUUAAUAGUAUUAAUUAAAAAACAGUUUUUAUCAAAAAUCAUCAUGUUUACUGGUACAAUAAGAUCAUUAAAAAAUGAAAAAUUAUGAAAUUUACCCCCUUUAACAGUCAUGUAGGCUGUUAUAGGGGGUAAAUUUCAUAAGGUGUAAAUAAUUAUAAGUAAGCAUUUCCUUUGGGUAUUGAUAUAACCACCUGUCUUUUAAAGAGUUCUUGGGAGUGCAUAACUUAAAAACACAUUUUUAUAUCAAUAAAUUUACUCAACAUGUAGUUAUGCAGUGUGGUUCCCGGCACUUUUGAAAAGAUCCACUACAUGGUUAAUCCAUCUUUCCCAAGGAUGUCGUAAAAGACGACUAUGGGAAUAGCUCAUAAACUGGGGAUUCUUCUUUUAGGCGAUGGGCUAUCAACCAGUAAUUAUUUGAAUCUCAGUUUCAUCAUUAAGCCAUACAGUUGAGUAUGGUCUUUUAGUCUUUGAGAGGCUGGUGGCUUUGUCUACCCUGAAAGCGAUAUAGACGUGAUUAUAAUCAUGCAAAAUUAUGAUAUCUAACAUUUCCUUUUUAACAUUAUAAAAGUAAGUACAUACAGAAAUGUAAUUGGAAGAUUGCAAAAUUCUACUUAUGUGUGUCUUGAAAAUUCCAUUUUAAAACAGCUCACUGCAUAAUUAAAAAAAAAAUUCGCAAAUAAUGUGAACAUGUGAAGAAAUAGAAUGUAAACCUUGUAAUAUUGAUUAUCCUGUAAAGGCUUAAGUAGGUAUGUUUAUAUGUAAAUGUAUAUAAACUUAUGAGCAUUUAUUGUGUUCCAAUCAAUAUUAUUUUUUAUAUCUUAUCAUUAAAGGUUCUUAUUUGUA